GUAGCGGCUGUAGCAGUCGCAGUGCCUACUGUUUGGUGCGCAGCGCUGCUCACCUUGCACAUUAAACAUGACGUGCCUUCGUUCGAAAGUGUUCGCAGCGGUGCCGGCGAACUGCAACGGGAAGGUUUCUGGGGCACGCUGCCGUCUGCAUGGGACCAUCCCGAGCCCAAUUACCUGGUCAGUGGGGUCGUUGGUGAGUUCUGGAGCGUUCUCACCACCAUUCCAGUGGCGGGAGCGUUGUUGCUAUACCUGGGCUUGCGUUUCGGCUAUGGCUCCAAGGUGAUGGCGAUCUACGCGCUCACCUGCUGUAU